AGAAGACUUAGCAAUGGGACAGGGUUGCCAUGUCCGCGGUUUUCCGCGGUAUUGUGUCACUUUAUUCUUGCCGGAGUUUGACUUUUUAGUCUACGGGUUGGAGUAGCGUAAUGCUGCAGCUGUGGAGACGCCUCCUGAGAGCGUGGCGUCUCCAGCUGUAACCGAUAGUCAACGAGGCUGCAGUUGGAGUUUGUUGUCCGAGACAUGUGAAGCCAGCUUUUCAAACAGCUGCUCAUGCUGCGGCGCAGUGCAGCUGAACACUCGGAGGAAAGUGCAGUGCAAUUUUUAACCCCGCUAAAAACGCAUGUUAGCCAUUUUUAGUUAGACCAGAAUUGGCCAUUCAAUUUACACGUCCAUUUUUUUUCAUUCACAACGGUAGAUGUGUUUUAGACGUUAUUGGAUGAUAUCUAUAAGCGCGUGUCUGAAUAGGUGCGUGACACGUAUGACUUGAGUUGACUGACAGCUAAAAUAUCUCUAACCUUCUGCACGACACUUUACAUCACUUGACAGGUAUACAGCAGCACAUCUAUAUGGUCCAGGGGGUCCAAUCUUAUUCGGAAAGGGCCUGUGUGGGUGCAGUCUUUUCAUUCCAACCAACUCCCCUGCUAUAUGAUCUAUAGAGUGGACGGUUUGCAUACAUUAAAAUAUUAUCAUUGCAAGCUAAAUAGAUGUCAGUUAGUAAAUGCUACGAUGUAUUUUUUUUACGGAGUUCAAUAUAGGGUUGGGUGGUGGUACCAUAUUUGGAGUACUACUGAAAUUUUAGGAUUGUUCCUGCAUUGUUGCGCAUUCCUGGCAACCCUGAGCAGAGCCUUGUCCAUUGGUUUAUAAACCAGGCUUGGGUCUUCACAUCAUCGGACUCAGGGCAGUAGCUAAGAAAUACUACUUAUCUCUGGUUGUAUAUCUUUCUUCUCACGUCUUCUGUAUACUUUCAGGAGGCCGCCUAUAUUGCAUGUAAGCUGCGCCUGUGAUUACAAACAUGAAAUCGUGUAUUUUUAUCAUCUUUUCGUUGUUUGUCUUCGGAUAUUCGGUUGGAGAAUGUAAGCUUAGAUUGGUCAUAAUGUUGUAUCGCCAUGGAGACCGUUCUCCAGUAAAAGCCUAUCCAACAGACCCAUACCAGGAGAGUGCAUGGCCACAGGGUUUUGGACAGCUUUCUAAGGAGGGUAUGCAGCAACAGUUUGAGCUGGGCCAGUUUCUGAGAAAACGCUACACAGGUUUCCUGAGCGAAAACUAUACUCGUUUUGAGAUUGCUGUACGAAGCACAGAUUAUGAUCGCACUCUGAUGAGUGCCGCCUCAAAUCUUGCUGGUCUUUACCCACCCAAUGGCUCACAGGUGUUUCACCCUGGUUUGGACUGGCAGCCUAUACCAAUACACACAGUUCCCCAGGAUGAGGAGAAGCUGCUGUCGUUUCCUAUAGCUAACUGCCCACGCUACCAAUUGCUCAUGAACGAGACAGAAAGAACAGAGAUCUACCUCAAUAUGACCAAGACUUACAAAGAUUUCCUGGAGAUGGUGCGGAAUAAAACUGGGCUGAAGUCAGCUUCCAUUGAGACGGUGUGGAGUGUCUACGAUACACUUUUCUGUGAGAAGAAGCAUGGCCUGUCCCCUCCAGCCUGGGUGACUCCUGAUGUGAUGAAGACACUGAAGCUGCUGAAGAAUUUUGGUUUCCAGAUCAUGUUUGGCGUCUAUAAAAGAGAGGAGAAGUGUCGGCUACAGGGAGGUGUCUUGCUGGAUCAGAUUAUUAAGAAUCUAUCGGCUGCUGCCACUUUAAACUCAAAUCAGCAGCUGAAGAUGAUCAUGUAUUCUGCGCAUGACACAACCAUUGUAGCUCUUCAGGAGGCACUUAAUGUGUAUAAUGGAUUACAGCCACCAUAUGCUUCCUGCCACAUAUUCGAACUGCACCAGGAUCACAAUGGAUCAUUCUCUGUGGCAAUAUUUUAUCGUAAUGAUAGCUCUGUGACUGAGCCGCACUAUUUAACUUUACCUGGCUGUGCCCAGCCGUGCCCCCUGCAGGACUUCAUUAGACUCACACAUUCAGUCAUUCCAACAGAUUGGCACAAGGAGUGCCAGAUCAGCUCAUCUGCAACUGAUAAAGAUGUGAUUGUUGGACUGGUUGUCUGUGGCUUCGUUCUUCUGCUCCUCGUUGUAGUGUUGUUUGUCGUGUUGUGCCGUCAAAGUGAGCCGGUCAUUGGUUACAGCCACAUUAUCAACCAGAGUGAUGAUCACUCCUGACAGUCAUACCAGCGCCUAUGCAACACAGAGUCUUCGGAUGGUGAGGGCCUGUAAAAGACCAAUCACACACCAGCAGGUACCAGCAGGUACAAUCGACGAUACAAGCAACUGGGCUAUUAUGGAUCAUUUUUAGUCCUGACAUUUUUUUAAUAUGAAAAGUAUGAUCUUUCUUUUAUAUUGCAGUUUAAGAAAGAAGAAAGACCAUUCUUUUUUACCCUUGUUUCCCAAUUUUUCCACGGUUUUAUCCCUAAUUUAAUCUUGGCCAGUUCCCACUGUCCAGCUAGCUGUCACCUAUCACCUGACAGCUACCAACCAUGGAGGGCGAAGGCUAUGCUUCUUUGUGAAGCCAGCUGACUACAUCUUUUCAAACUGCUGCUCUUGCAGUGUCAGGGGCGGCCUCAGCAUAUGCUUAUGUUGGGUGAAAACACUUUUGUGGUUUAUGUACUCACCAGCCACUUUAUUAGGAACAACUGUACACCUGCUCUUUCAUGCAAUUAUCCAAUUGGACAAUCAUGUGGUAGCAGCACAAUGCAUAAAAUCAAGCAGCUGCAUGUCAGGAGUUUCAGUUAAUGUUCACCAAUCAUAAGAAUGGGGAAAAAUGUGAUCUCUGUGACUGUGGCAUGGUUGUUGGUGCCAGAAGGGCUGACUGAGUGUUUCAGAAACCGUUGAUCUCCUGGGAUUUUCACUCACAACAGUCUCUAGAGUACACAGAACAGUGCAGAAAAAAAAAACAGUGAGCAGCAGUUCUGCUGGCGGAAACAUGUUGUUGAUGAGAGAGGUCAGAGGGGAAUGGCCAGACUGGUUUGAGCUGACAGGAAGGCUACAGUACCCACUCUUUACAACUGUGCUGAGCAGAAAAGUCACAAUGGGUUGAACAUGAAUCUGAGGCUACAGUGGGCACAGGUGCACCGAAACUGGAUAGUUGAAGAUUGGAAAAGAAAAAACGUUACUUGAAGGUCCAAUAAAACUUUGUGUCUGCAGGUUUAAGCCCUCAUCUUUUCUAUUCUUGCUGUAUUGUGUUAAUAAUAUUUUACUGUUUAACCAAAUUUAAUCAGGGAAAAACUGUCCUUGAAUCAGGAAAAGACAAAAAAAUCUGUCUGACCAAAUGUACCAGCAUGUAAAUUUCUUAACAGGAAGUUGCUAAAGAGGUUGUAAACAUGUUUCUAGAUUAAUAAAUAUUUUUUGUUCAGGCAUUUAAAAGAUAUUUUUGGUAGAUUUUGCAUGUUAAAAACGAAGCCCUGACGGUAUUAUGUCCCCACAUACAAUACCUAAAAGAUAUGCCCUCUCCAAGAUUGGAACGUCAUUACAUAAUCUGAUGCUUUGUCUCGUUUUAGUGUAUUUUCAAGCACAACUUCAUUGUAAUUACAAAAUAUAGAUGAUUUUAUUUGUAUGUUAAUAAAUGUUUGGUGAUUUAGUAUGUGAAUUUGACUGAUUCAAUGACUGUCAGAAAUGGUACGUUUUAUUGAAUAUGAAUGGUAGGUCAGUGGAAUAUCAAGCUCUGACAGAAGAAAAUGUUAUUGCAACAAUAUACCAGAUCUAUAACAAUCUGUAGAGUUGUGAUUGUUGUGGUGUCCCCCUUUGAUUUUCAUGCCCUUUGAUUUUUAUGUUUUAAAUGUUUUAAAUGCCAUGUUGCCUUUGCAAAAUAAUCCAGGUAAAUAAAAAGUUGAAAUGAAA